CGCACAAACGCGCAUCCGAGGCCUCUCCCUCCCUCCCCCCUAUUUAACGCCAUCUACCCCUCCUUCUUCCUCCUACCCUCGGCUCGCGUCCCAACACCGGCCCAACCCUCACGCAUCGCCCGCCGCCGCCGACUCGCCGGAGAAGAGAGUGUGUGUGAGAGAGAGGGCCGUCGGAUCCGUUAGCGGAAGUCCCAAGCCGGAGCCUUUUCCGUCCUCCCAAACCCUUUUGGGGGCCGUCGGAGUUGAAAGUCAUCACGGCUAUCGUUGCAGCCCUCCGGCGCGGCCACGCUGCUGCGCAGGUGGAGACCACCGCCACCAUCGCUUCCUCCAGCCCCUCCCCGCACGGCGGCCGCGGGGCCCUCCCGUCCGCCGGCGGCAGCCCCUCCGACCUCCUCUUCCUCGCCGGCGGAGGUCGCCUCUGAGCACGCCCGCUAACCUAAUCCCCCGCCCUAACACAUCAACAUCCACCGUCUCAUCCGCUGACUGAUCUGCUGAUUCAUUAGCUGACUGAAUAAUCCCCAACCCGAGAUACAGAGAGAGAGAAACAGAGGGAGUCCGACGAGAAGCCUUCCGUCGUCGAUGGAGAUGAAGCUCACGAUCAAGAGGGUGCCCACCAUCGUGUCCAACUACCAGGAGGAGGCCGCCGCCGAGCGGCCCCGCGGAGGCUGCGGGAAGAACUGCCUCGGGGAUUGCUGCUUGCCUGUUUCCGAGCUUCCGGUCUAUGCUUUCAAGGCAAAUCCAACAAAGCUGCCUGCUUCACAGGAGCAUGCUGUUCCCAGUAAUGUCUUCAUCGAUCUCCUCCUUGGCCAGUGGGAGGACAGGAUGACCCAAGGCUUAUUCCGUUAUGACGUCACUGCAUGCGAGACCAAGGUGAUCCCUGGCAACCUUGGGUUUGUUGCUCAACUAAAUGAAGGGCGCCACCUCAAGAAGCGCCCUACAGAGUUCCGUGUGGAUCGUGUGCUUCAACCGUUUGAUGCUGCCAAGUUCAAUUUCACCAAAGUGGGCCAGGAGGAGGUGCUCUUCCAAUUUGAGAAUGGUGGUGGUGAUGACAGCUACUUCCUGAAGAGCGCCCCGACCACUGUUGCUGAUCGUGCUCCCAACGUUGUUGCAAUAAAUGUGAGCCCAAUUGAAUACGGCCAUGUUCUUCUCAUUCCACGUGUUCUGGACCGCCUGCCUCAGAGGAUUGACCAAGAGAGCCUCUUGCUUGCACUGCACAUGGCGGCUGAGGCUGCUAGCCCAUAUUUCAGGCUUGGUUACAAUAGUUUGGGUGCCUUCGCAACCAUCAACCACCUCCAUUUCCAGGCGUACUACUUGACUGUGCCUUUCCCUGUCGAGAAGGCAGCUACACAGAGGAUUCCCCUUGCUGAUGACGGGAUGAAGAGUGGAGUGAAGGUUUCCAAGCUGAUGAACUACCCUGUGAGAGGACUGGUUUUUGAGGGAGGCAACACCCUGAAUGAUCUGGCCGAUGUGGUUUCGGGUGCUUGCAUUUGGCUGCAGGAAAACAAUGUGCCUUACAAUGUGCUCAUUUCUGACUGUGGCAGGAAGGUCUUCCUCUUCCCCCAGUGUUACGCUGAGAAGCAGGCUCUGGGCGAAGUGAGCCAGGAACUGCUGGACACACAGGUGAACCCUGCCGUUUGGGAGAUCAGCGGCCACAUUGUACUGAAACGGAGGGACGAUUAUGAGGAGGCAUCAGAAGCUUCGGCAUGGCGGCUCCUUGCCGAGGUCUCUCUAUCGGAGUCACGCUUCGAGGAAGUGAAGGCCUACAUCUUCGAUGCCGCUGGUCUGGUCCAGUCCCUGGCGGAGGAGGAAACAGGUGAAGCUGACGAUGCCAUCUACACGCCUGUGACCGUCGCCCCUCAAGCUGUCACAGAGGGCUGCCUCGUCCUCCAGUGAGGCGAUGAGCCUGUCUUCAUCCGUGUUGCCUUCAUCUAUGUUCUCGUCUAUCACAGUCGGUCCCUGGUGGCCUAUCUAUCUUGGCCGUAGUCAUGGUUGCUGGUCUUUAAAUAAAAGAUCCAUGUGAUCGAACUGCUUGCUGUAUUGCGCAUUGCUACUUGCUCUGUUUCUCUCCCAAUCUCCCAUGGAAGACUGGUAUUCAGUACUCUGCAGAUAUUUAGCAGAGAACUAUGUGUACUUGUGUCUGUUAUGUAGCACUGAAAUAAUAUGAUGAACAUUGUUAGUACUUGCUUA